AUGGUUCUCUCAACACAAGCCGUCAACGUCCUGCGCUACUCCGCACUCGGCUCCGGAAUCCUGUACGGACUGUACCACCAGCGCCAGCUGUCGUCGGCGGCGAUUGUUGCCGCCGACCAGGCCGAGUACAACCAUAAGGCCGCCCUGAUCAAGCAGGCGAAGGCGGAGUGGGCCAGAAAGCACCCUGUCAAGGCGCCGAUCGAUACCGGCGACUUGAUCACCGACCCUGACGAUAAGCGGUUCGACUUGGAGAAGUUCCUCAAGCACGUGGCUGGUGAGGCAUAG